AUGAAGGUGGUAGUAGCAGCAAACGAUACCGGGGCCAUCAAGGAGGUGGUGUUCAAUCGUGGAACUGAUACGUCGAAACAAGAUGGUUUACAGCCUAUAUCGGUGAAGAACUUUUGUGUGGAAGAGAGUACCCGAACCAGAAUACUUCAAAUGGUCAAUUAUGGUAAUAGAUACUUGAUUGCAUCACGUCUUGGAGGCAGAGUUUGUGUUUAUGAUUUGGAGAGCCAUUCUGCAGAAGACGUUCCAGAUGAAGAUAAGUAUAAGUUGGUUCACACAUAUCAAAUAGCAUUAAAUGAGCCUAAUGAUAAAUCCAUAGCAUUGAUACCCUUUGAAGCUGAGGAGUUGGUGGUGAUUGCAUUUGAAUCCGGGAAAGUGGUGUUGAUCAACAUGAUGGACGACUUUUCUAAAGAUGAUGUCCGCCCUAUUGAGAUCCAAUUAGAUGAAAAGGUGCCUAUUUCAGUGUUUGUGGCCAAUCCUUAUGAAACAGGAGUAUUUGCUUAUGGAGGUAAGGAACUUGAUGUCAAGAUAGUGAAGUUGUUUGACGAUUCUAUCAAUGUUAAGCAAAAUGAUGAUAAUGGAGGGUUCAAACCUGAAUGUUUAUUCUCAGCUAAGAAUGUUAAGAAUGACCAUCUUGACCUUAGAGUACCCAUUUGGAUCACUGGAAUUCAAUUUUUGGAGUCCGAGAGUUCAGGGUCAUACAAACUCAUCACCACUACAAGAUACGGACAAUUACGUAUAUAUAAUACCUUGGAAGGGAAGAGACCAAGACACGAUUAUCAAUUAUGUGAAAAGCCCGUUCUUACGGUCAACUUUGCUAACGAAGACCACACAGAAGUGAUAAUAACUGAUACUCAUACGUUAAUGGGUAAGUUUUCUCUCACCAAUGUGGACUCCAGAGGGUUCCAAAUGCAUUCUGCUAGUGCUGGCGAUAUUGUCAAGCCAACUUUAAAGCUUCUUGGGAAAUAUUUAGGAGGGAACACCGGUGCUACGUUUGGUACAGAUGUUGUCGAAGAUGAGAUGUUUGCUGCUGCAGGAUUGGAUCGGUAUUUUAGACUCUUUGACGUUAGCACCAGAGAAGUUCUUGCAAAGAUCUAUUUGGGUGUUGAAGCCUCUGCAGUCUUGUUAUUAGAUAUCGAAGAUGAGGAAGUGGAACAACAAGCGGAAGAGGAAGAUAAACCUAAAAAGAGAGCCAGAAAGGACACAACUGGUGAAGAUGAAGUUGAUGAAGAAGAGCUUUGGGCUCAACUUGGUGAAGAAGAAGCUACAAAGACCACCAAAAAGGUUAAGACAUAA